UUGGCAGUUAAGAGUUAAAGCACGUGCAUGAAGGCAAAAUAGAACUCGUCCCGUGUUUUGUGCGUGAUGCGCAAGAAUUAAAUUGUAGAUAAACUGCGGUUAAAUCCAUCGCAAGCGUUCCAUUGCGAAAAAAAAAAACAGCGAUGAGAAAAGUAACAGGAGUGAGUGAUGCGCGCGGGGAACUCUUAUAAAUUAUAUGGUGAGUCAUGCUGAAAGACUGUCAACAGUUCUAGGAACUGUAUCAUAAGGGAAAUCUGGUAAUGCACUUGAAAUAUGAAUUAUGAAGUUCGUUGAGUGCGAUAGGGUACACUAUUUAAGGCGACUUGCUUUGAAGUUCUCCAGACGGUUCGGUCUUUCCAGUGACGCUUCAAGUAUCUACAUUUUUCAUAAUGCAUUAACUGUAUUUUAUAAUGCAAAAAUGUAUUAAAAAUAAUAAUUGCUAAAGAGCUGUGGCGUUAUGAAGAUUGCGCGAGAUGCUAAAGUGGACUCUCAUCACAAGCGUCUCCUGUAAUCUGUGGGUAGACGGCAGAACAUCGAGAGGAGAGACCUGAGAGUACUUCUGGAGCCGUGCGUGCGUGCGUGUGCGCGCACGCAUAACAUCACCGUUCGCGCCUGGUGCAUCGCUCGCAGGUCGGGAUUGAUUCGGUGCGUCGCGGAAACCAAAGUGCCCUCGCGAUGCCGCGUGCGUUGAGUGGAGAUCGGCGGGGCGCAGCCGACGCGCAGGUACAGGCGCACCGCGAGCGCGCGAGUUCUCUCCAAACCGAAGACGCCGAGAGGAACGGCGUUAUCUCCGGCCGCUUCCCACGCCGCGUGGUGGACACUUGAAGAAGGGGGAAGCGUGAACUUUGAGCGCCGAAGCCGGGGAGCGUUUGCCGCGACCCGCCGAACAUGACUUUCAUCUGCGCUCCAGGAUUUCAAAGUUCGCAAAAAUGAAGUUCGGCAAAAGCGUCUGUAUCUUAAACGUGGGUGGCACCAAGUACGCUUUUCCAAAGGACGUAAUCAAGGAUUUCCCUUUGAGGAGAGUGAGUCGUCUCCACAGUUGCGCCUCGGAGAGAGAAGUGCUGGAAGUGUGCGAUGAUUACGAUAGAGAGAGGAACGAGUUCUUCUUUGACAGGCAUUCAGAAGCGUUCGGCUUCAUCAUGCUGUACGUGAAGUACGGCAAGCUGCGCUUCGUCCCGCAUAUGUGCGAGCUGUCGUUUUACAACGAGAUGAUCUACUGGGGGCUGGAGAGCUCUCAUCUGGAGUUCUGCUGCCAGCGGAGGCUCGACGACCGUAUGUCCGACACGUACACUCACUUCACCGAGGAGCACCACAGAGCGGCCGACGACUCGAGGACGGACGCGUCCUCGAACGGGAAGCGGGACUCGAAGUGGCUGGAGCGAAUGCGCAGGACUUUCGAGGAGCCCACCUCCUCCCUGGCCGCGCAAAUUUUGGCGUCCGUGUCGGUGAUUUUUGUCAUUGUGUCCAUGGUGAUACUUUGCGCGAGCACUCUUCCUGACUGGAAAACUGCCGAGAGCAACAUGGUGGAAGAGCACAGGUACACAGACUCAUUAGAGCAUCCAUCCGGGAUCAUUGAGGCGGUGUGCAUCGGAUGGUUCACGGCAGAGUGCAUCGUGCGCUUCAUUGUGUCUCGAGACAAGUGUGAGUUUGUGCGACGCCCGCUGAACAUCAUAGACCUGCUGGCCAUUACCCCCUAUUACAUCUCUGUCACCAUGACGGUUCUGACCGGAGAAAACUCUCAGCUGCAGAGGGCCGGCGUGACGCUGAGAGUGCUACGCAUGAUGCGAAUCUUCUGGGUCAUCAAGCUAGCGCGACACUUCCUAGGGCUCCAGACUUUAGGGUUAACGCUGAAGCGCUGCUACCGUGAGAUGGUCAUGCUCCUGGUCUUCAUUUGCGUGGCCAUGGCCAUAUUCGGAGCGCUGGCGCAACUUCUAGAGCACGGUCUGGAUCUGGAGUCCGGGAAUGAGGAAUACGCUAGCAUUCCUGCCGCCUGCUGGUGGGUUAUUAUCUCCAUGACCACUGUCGGCUGCAGGAGACAUGUACCCCAUCACUGUGCCGGACGUGUGCUUGGUGGCCUGUGCGUCGUGAGCGGAAUAGUGCUGCUGGCUCUUCCCAUCACCUUCAUCUACCACAGCUUUGUGCAGUGCUACCACGAACUCAAGUUCCGCUCGGCUCGCUGCACCCGAAGCCUGUCCGCAGAGUUCCUCAACUGACUCUUUCUCUAGCUUCCCGCUAAAGAAAUCAACGGUUGGCGCAAAGGUCUCCAUCUGCCGUGU